AUGCCUGUACUUGGGGUUGCCUCAAAACUGAGGCAGCCAGCUGUUGGGUCAAAGCCUAUUCAUACUGCUCUUCCGAUACCAAAUUUUGGCACUACUGGGUCACAGCACUAUUCUUCGAGACCUCUGGAACUUACUGAAUCAGAGAGCUCAAUGCUUUCUUGUCAGGUCACAUUACAAUCAGCCUGUGAAUUUGAAGAGAAGAAACCCCUCCAAGGAAAAGCUAAGGAGACAGAAGACAGCAAGAUUUACACGGACUGGGCCAACCACUACCUGGCAAAAUCGGGCCACAAGCGGCUGAUCAAGGAUUUGCAGCAAGACAUUGCAGAUGGAGUGCUGCUAGCAGAAAUCAUCCAGAUCAUUGCAAAUGAAAAAGUUGAAGAUAUCAAUGGAUGUCCUAGGAGUCAAUCUCAGAUGAUUGAAAAUGUUGAUGUCUGCCUUAAUUUUCUAGCAGCCAGAGGAGUAAAUGUUCAAGGUCUAUCUGCUGAAGAAAUAAGAAAUGGAAACUUAAAAGCCAUUCUAGGGCUGUUUUUCAGUUUGUCUCGCUACAAGCAGCAGCAGCAUCAUCAGCAGCAGUAUUACCAGUCCUUGGUGGAGCUUCAGCAGCGGGUCACCCACGCCUCCCCUCAGGCAGAAGCCAGUCAGGCCAAAACCCAGCAAGAUAUGCAGUCCAGUCUGGCAGCCAGAUAUGCAACUCAGUCUAAUCACAGUGGAAUUGCAACCAGUCAAAAAAAGCCUACUAGACUUCCAGGUCCCUCUAGGGUACCAGCUGCAGGCAGCAGCAGCAAGGUCCAGGGAGCCUCCAAUUUAAAUAGGAGAAGUCAGAGCUUUAACAGCAUUGAUAAAAACAAGCCUCCAAAUUAUGCAAAUGGCAAUGAAAAAGAUUCCUCCAAAGGACCUCAACCAUCUUCAGGUGUGAGUGGCAGCACGCAGCCCCCCGGCGCCGCUGGGCAGCCCCCGGCCUCGGCCAUCCCGUCCCCGAGCGCUAGCAAGCCGUGGCGCAGCAAGUCCAUGAAUGCCAAGCACAGCGCCACCUCCACCAUGCUGACCGUGAAGCAGUCGAGCCCAGGCACCUCUCCCACACCAUCUGCAGAUAGACUGAAGCCCCCUGCCUCGGACGGGGGCAGAGCAGCUCCCUCGGGACAGAAAUCCAUGCUUGAGAAGUUCAAGCUGGUCAAUGCCCGGACUGCUUUACGCCCCCUGCAGCCUCCCAGUUCAGGACCCAGUGAUGGUGGGAAGGAGGACGAUGCCUUUUCUGAAUCUGGUGAAAUGGAAGGCUUUAACAGCGGUCUGAAUAGUGGCGGCUCAACAAAUAGCAGCCCCAAAGUGUCACCGAAAUUAGCCCCUCCAAAAGCUGGAAGCAAAAAUCUCAGCAAUAAAAAGUCUUUGCUACAGCCAAAGGAAAAAGAGGAAAAGAACAGGGACAGAAAUAAAGUUUGCACUGAAAAACCAGUCAAGGACGAGAAAGAUCAGGUGGCGGAGACGGCUCCAAAAAAGACCUCUAAAAUUGCAAGCUUCAUCCCAAAGGGCAGCAAGACGACAGCAGCCAAGAAGGAAAGCUUAAUCCCCUCUUCCAGUGGGAUUCCAAAACCGGGCUCAAAGGUGCCAACAGCAAAGCAAACUGUUUCACCGGGAAGCUCAACAAGCAAAGAGUCUGAAAAGUUCAGGACUACCAAGGGAAGCCCUUCCCAGUCCUUCCCUAAGCCCGUAACGACUGAGAAAGCAAGCACAUCCAACUGCCCUGCUCCUUUGGAAGGAAGGGAAGCUAGCCACGCCUCUCUGGCGGGUUCCUGUGCGGGGUCAGCGGCGCAAGGCAGUGGGCAGAGCGUGGGAAAUGGUGCUGUCCAGCUCCCUCAGCAGCAGCAACACAGCCACCCAAAUACUGCCACCGUGGCUCCAUUCAUUUAUAGAGCACAUUCAGAAAAUGAAGGUACCUCUUUACCAUCUGCCGAUUCCUGUACCAGUCCUACUAAGAUGGAUUUAUCAUACAGUAAGACAGCUAAGCAGUGCCUAGAGGAGAUAUCCGGUGAAGACCCUGAAACAAGAAGAAUGAGAACAGUUAAAAAUAUAGCAGAUUUGAGGCAGAAUUUAGAAGAGACUAUGUCCAGUCUUCGUGGGACCCAGAUAAGUCACAGCACCCUGGAGACAACAUUUGACAGCACUGUGACAACGGAAGUGAAUGGCAGGACUAUACCCAACUUGACAGGUCGACCCACUCCCAUGACCUGGAGGUUGGGCCAGGCAUGUCCUAGACUUCAGGCUGGAGAUGCUCCUUCCCUGGGUGCUGGCUACCCUCGCAGCAGUACCAGUCGUUUCAUCCACACAGACCCCUCCAGGUUCAUGUACACUACGCCUCUCCGUCGAGCUGCUGUCUCUCGGCUGGGAAACAUGUCACAGAUUGACAUGAGUGAGAAAGCAAGCAGUGACCUGGACAUGUCUUCUGAAGUCGAUGUUGGUGGAUAUAUGAGUGAUGGUGAUAUCCUUGGGAAAAGUCUCAGAGCUGAUGACAUCAACAGCGGGUACAUGACAGAUGGAGGGCUCAACCUGUAUACUAGGAGUCUGAACCGAAUACCAGACACAGCGACUUCCAGGGAUGUCAUCCAGAGAGGGGUUCAUGAUGUGACAGUGGAUGCAGACAGCUGGGAUGACAGCAGCUCGGUUAGCAGCGGCCUCAGUGACACCCUGGAUAACAUCAGCACUGAUGACCUGAACACCACAUCUUCCGUCAGCUCUUACUCCAACGCCACUGCCCCGUCCCGAAAGAACAUGCAGCUGAAGACAGAUUCAGAGAAACGAUCUGCAACCGAUGAGCCCUGGGAUAGUACCGAGGAGGUGAAAAAAACAGAGGAGGACUUUGAUAGCCAUGGGGAUGGAGGUGGCAAGUGGAAGGGCAUUUCCUCCGGACUUCCUGAAGACCCUGAGAAGGCAGGGCAGAAAGCCUCCCUGUCUGUUUCACAGACAGGCUCCUGGAGAAGAGGCAUGUCAGCCCAGGGAGGAGCACCACCUAGGCAAAAAGCUGGAACCAGUGCACUCAAGACCCCUGGGAAAACUGAUGAUGCCAAAGCUUCUGAGAAAGGGAAAACUCCCCUGAAAGGAUCGACUCUACAGAGGUCUCCUUCAGAUGCAGGAAAAAGCAGUGGAGAUGAGGGGAAAAAGCCCCCCUCGGGCAUUGGAAGAUCAACGGCCACUGGCUCUUUUGGAUUUAAGAAGCCAAGUGGAGUGGGGUCAUCUGCCAUGAUCACAAGCAGUGGAGCCACCAUAACAAGUGGCUCAGCAACACUGGGUAAAAUCCCCAAAUCUGCUGCCAUUGGUGGGAAGUCAAAUGCCGGGAGAAAAACCAGUUUGGACGGUUCACAGAAUCAGGAUGAUGUUGUGCUGCAUGUCAGCUCGAAGACCUCCCUGCAAUACCGCAGUUUGCCCCGCCCAUCCAAAUCCAGCACCAGUGGCAUUCCCGGCCGAGGCGGCCACAGAUCCAGCACCAGCAGUAUAGAUUCCAAUGUCAGCAGUAAGUCAGCUGGUACCACUACCUCGAAACUGAGAGAGCCCACGAAGAUCGCCUCAGGGCGCUCGAGUCCCGUCACUGUCAACCAGACAGACAAGGAAAAGGAAAAAGUAGCAGUCUCAGAUUCAGAGAGUGUUUCUUUGUCUGGUUCCCCCAAAUCCAGCCCCACGUCUGCUAGUGCCUGUGGGACACAAGGGCUCAGGCAGCCAGGGUCCAAGUAUCCUGACAUUGCCUCACCUACAUUUCGAAGGUUGUUUGGUGCCAAGGCAGGUGGCAAAUCUGCCUCUGCACCUAAUACUGAGGGUGUGAAAUCCUCCUCUGUAAUGCCCAGUCCUAGUACCACAUUAGCGCGGCAAGGCAGUCUGGAAUCACCGUCGUCUGGUACGGGCAGCAUGGGCAGUGCUGGUGGGCUAAGUGGCAGCAGCAGCCCUCUCUUCAAUAAACCCUCAGACUUAACUACAGAUGUUAUAAGCUUAAGUCACUCGUUGGCUUCCAGCCCAGCAUCGGUUCACUCUUUCACAUCAGGUGGUCUCGUGUGGGCUGCCAAUCUCAGCAGUUCCUCUGCUGGCAGCAAGGACACUCCAAGUUACCAGUCCAUGACUAGCCUCCAUACGAGCUCUGAGUCCAUUGACCUCCCCCUCAGCCACCACGGCUCCCUGUCUGGACUGACCACAGGCACUCACGAGGUGCAGAGCCUGCUCAUGAGAACGGGUAGUGUGAGAUCUACUCUCUCAGAAAGCAUGCAGCUUGACAGAAAUACACUACCCAAAAAGGGACUAAGAUAUACUCCGUCAUCUCGGCAGGCCAACCAAGAAGAGGGCAAAGAGUGGUUACGCUCCCAUUCUACUGGAGGGCUGCAGGACACUGGCAAUCAGUCGCCCCUGGUCUCCCCUUCUGCCAUGUCAUCUUCUGCAACGGGAAAAUACCACUUUUCCAACUUGGUGAGCCCGACAAAUCUGUCUCAAUUUAACCUUCCUGGGCCCAGCAUGAUGCGCUCAAACAGCAUCCCAGCCCAAGACUCAUCCUUCGAUCUCUAUGACGACUCCCAGCUUUGUGGGAGUGCCACAUCUCUGGAGGAGAGGCCACGGGCCAUCAGCCAUUCAGGCUCAUUCAGGGACAGCAUGGAAGAAGUUCAUGGCUCUUCAUUAUCACUGGUCUCCAGCACUUCUUCUCUUUACUCUACGGCUGAAGAAAAGGCUCAUUCAGAGCAAAUCCAUAAACUACGGAGAGAGCUUGUUGCAUCACAAGAAAAAGUUGCCACUCUCACAUCUCAACUUUCAGCAAAUGCUCACCUCGUAGCAGCUUUUGAAAAGAGUUUAGGGAAUAUGACUGGCCGACUGCAAAGUCUAACCAUGACAGCGGAACAGAAGGAAUCUGAACUGAUCGAACUAAGAGAAACCAUUGAAAUGCUGAAGGCCCAGAACUCUGCUGCCCAGGCAGCCAUUCAGGGAGCGCUCAAUGGUCCAGACCACCCUCCCAAAGAUCUCCGCAUCAGAAGACAGCAUUCCUCCGAAAGCGUUUCUAGUAUCAACAGUGCCACGAGCCAUUCCAGCAUUGGCAGUGGUAACGAUGCUGACUCCAAGAAGAAGAAAAAGAAAAACUGGGUGAACUCUAGAGGAAGUGAGCUGAGAAGCUCAUUCAAACAAGCCUUUGGGAAGAAAAAGUCCACCAAGCCUCCAUCCUCACAUUCGGACAUUGAAGAGCUUACUGAUUCGUCCCUUCCAGCGUCCCCCAAGUUGCCCCACAAUGCGGGUGACUGUGGGUCAGCCUCCAUGAAGCCCUCGCAGUCUGCCUCAGCGUUACCCCUUGUCUGGCCACCAAAGAAACGGCAAAAUGGCCCUGUGAUCUACAAGCAUAGAUCCCGGAUCUGUGAAUGCACAGAGGCUGAGGCAGAGAUAAUUCUGCAGCUGAAGAGUGAGCUCAGAGAAAAGGAAUUAAAAUUAACGGAUAUUCGGCUGGAGGCCCUCAGCUCUGCUCAUCAUCUCGAUCAGAUCCGAGAAGCCAUGAACCGGAUGCAGAAUGAGAUUGAAAUACUGAAGGCUGAAAACGACCGGCUGAAGGCAGAAACGGGGAACGCUGCGAAGCCAGCUCGGCCCCCGUCUGAGUCCGCAAGUAGCACUUCCUCCUCAUCCUCACGCCAGUCCUUAGGACUCUCUCUGAACAAUUUGAACAUCACGGAGUCUGUUACCUCAGAUAUUUUGCUCGAUGAUGCUGGUGAUGCAACCGGACAUAAAGAUGGCCGCAGCGUGAAAAUUAUAGUCUCCAUAAGCAAGGGCUACGGUCGAGCCAAGGAUCAGAAGUCUCAGGCAUAUUUGAUAGGAUCCAUUGGUGUCAGUGGAAAAACCAAGUGGGAUGUCUUAGAUGGUGUAAUUAGACGUCUCUUUAAGGAAUAUGUAUUCCGAAUUGAUACAUCCACUAGCCUUGGUCUGAGCUCUGACUGCAUUGCCAGCUACUGUAUAGGAGAUUUAAUUAGAUCCCAUAACCUAGAAGUGCCUGAACUGCUGCCUUGUGGAUACCUUGUCGGCGAUAAUAACAUCAUCACUGUGAACCUGAAAGGGGUAGAAGAAAACAGUUUGGACAGUUUUGUUUUUGAUACGCUGAUUCCUAAACCAAUUACCCAAAGGUACUUUAACUUGUUGAUGGAGCAUCACAGAAUUAUACUCUCAGGACCUAGUGGUACUGGAAAGACCUAUUUAGCAAACAAACUUGCUGAAUAUGUAAUAACCAAAGCUGGGAGGAAAAAAACAGAGGAUGCGAUUGCCACUUUUAAUGUGGACCACAAGUCUAGUAAGGAAUUGCAACAAUAUCUAGCUAACCUGGCUGAACAAUGCAGUGCGGAUAAUAACGGUGUAGAGCUUCCAGUUGUAAUAAUUCUUGAUAAUCUUCAUCAUGUGGGCUCUUUGAGUGAUAUCUUCAAUGGUUUUCUCAACUGUAAAUACAAUAAAUGUCCAUAUAUUAUUGGAACAAUGAAUCAGGGAGUUUCUUCAUCACCAAAUCUAGAGCUGCAUCACAAUUUCAGGUGGGUACUAUGUGCAAACCACACAGAACCAGUAAAAGGCUUUUUAGGCAGAUAUCUUCGAAGGAAACUGAUAGAGAUGGAAAUUGAAAGGAACAUACGCAAUAAUGACCUAGUCAAAAUUAUAGAUUGGAUUCCUAAGACAUGGCAUCAUCUCAACAGUUUUUUGGAAACACACAGUUCUUCUGAUGUUACCAUUGGUCCUCGACUUUUCCUUCCUUGCCCCAUGGAUGUAGAAGGUUCUAGAGUAUGGUUCAUGGAUCUCUGGAACUAUUCUUUGGUACCUUAUAUUCUGGAGGCAGUGAGAGAAGGUCUGCAGAUGUAUGGGAAACGAGCACCCUGGGAAGAUCCCUCAAAGUGGGUGCUUGAUACAUACCCAUGGAGCUCAGCAUCUUUGCCUCAGGAGGGCCCAGCAUUACUUCAGCUGAGACCAGAAGAUGUUGGGUAUGAGGGCUGCAUAUCCACAAAGGAAGCUACAACCUCAAAGCACAUUCCACAAACUGACACAGAGGGGGAUCCCCUGAUGAACAUGCUAAUGAAACUCCAAGAAGCAGCCAAUUACUCGGGCACACAAAGCUGCGACAGUGAUAGCACCAGCCACCAUGAAGACGUUCUGGAUUCGUCUCUUGAAUCUACCCUCUAGAGGGUGAAAAAAGUUAGUGGAAAAGACUAUGCUUUAGAAAAAGAAAAAAAGGUUAAAAAGUAAGGUAUUUUCACUAAACCACUGACAAUAUGAAAGCACCCUGUCCAGGACCCUGAUCCAGGGCCGUGGUCUCCGAGGAGGCAGUAGAACUAAGUUUGAACCGCCAAGAUGCUAAAUUGACACAGAAGUGUAACUUGCUUUCCUUUCUAGGCAUUUUUAUAUCCGUGGAGUGAUGUAAGGCUCCAUUACUCAACUGGAAAGGACCCUAAUGACAGGGCAACUGAAUAGAUUGCACAUGGGAUAGCCAAACUGGACUUUCUGUUUUUCCUCUUUAAAAGUUUACAAUGCAGACCUUUUUUUGUUGUUGUUCCUUCCUUUGGUUUCCUCUGAGGGGCUGUUCUCCCCAAGCAGGGUCCAUUCUUCUGAUCCGUCCAAGCUCCUUUGUGCCACAUGGUGCUGGUCACGGAGCCCCAGUAGUGUUUGUGUUGUGCGCUCACCCCAUUCCUAAAUGAAGAGGCCAGGCCUCCGCAAGCACAAAUGGAAUUGUGCAACCGCCAGGGGAAACACUGCUGUGACAAGCUGGAGAAGUGCCAGUGUCAUUCAACUGCCAUGAUCACAGGAUGUGCUCCACCCACUUUUUAGUGUCUGAGUCACGGGUUUGAUAAGGUUGUUUUUACCACCGUGGUCUUUUUAAACCACCUGCCCACUCCCUUAAAAAGAGUUUUAUACCAAUUAUUAGUCAACACUGAUAAAAGGCUUUUUUAGGGCUUUAUUUGUUUGAGCCUUGUCAGUGAAAAGAAGCAACAUUUCCUAUGGUGCUGUCUCACUGCCUUAAAACCAAUUUCUACAACAGUUUAACAGUUGGUUGAAAUCCUAAACCAUGGGUGAUUUCCACUGUCUUUUCAUUUACACCACCGGUUAACGCAGUAGCCUCAUCUCUCUCUAUUUUUGUGUUUGUUUUUGAAGAAAUGGAUAGGAGAAAGAUCCGUAUUUUUACCUUGUGAAUAGAUUGCUUUGCCUAUCCUCCAAAAUACUCAAGUAAACCCAGAAACCCUCUUUGACUGUCACUUAAAAGCGAAGCCAUGUGGCUAAAUUUCAUCCAGCUCUAGGGGAAAGAGUUUCAGAAGGCGGGAGAUUGUGAUUUCUUAUCCAGCAGAGCUGGAAGCACUAGAUGCAGCAUGAGCACAACGAUUCCGCUUUUCUCCCCUAUUGUUUUUUUUUUUUUUAAUUAUUAUGAGUUUUGAACAUGUUGUUUUGAUGGAUAUUGUUGUACAUGAGAAAUUCAGCAUUCGAGAACACUGAUGCAGUGAAGUCACUGUGGAUGAGGAAGCGUUUAUACUGUAAAAGGACGUUAGAUUUGCACAGUCUACUGGGUAGGUAUUGUAAAUAAUCAUUUUAAAAACUUGCACAAAUCGAAAUAAACACACAAAAAAAAUUGUAUUUUAUCCUGUGGGUGUUAAGAGAUGUUUCACUUGCUGAGAUUUCCUGUACUUUGCAAAUACAGAAUGCAAACCCUCAACACUGUUAUUAUCUGGUGUGUUUGUCCUGUAUUUACAGUUGUGAUGACCAUGCAGGAGCUAUCAGUGCUAGAGUGAGCAUGCUUCAAAACUGUCCAUGAAGCCAAUCCAUUUUCGGAAAAGUAAAAAUGUCUGAAAGUGCAUCUGUCGUGACAGGCUUUCAAGAGAGUGCAUGAAAACUGAUGGGAGUGAUUGGAGAAGUUCCCACCACACACAGGGGACAGGUUUGAAAUUUAUCAACCCAAGGGCUAGGCCAUGGUGUAGACUUGUCCCAUGCAUGUGAAAAUGUGCUACUUUCAGGACGUGCAAUUGGUGCUACUCUCUGUGACCACCCACGGGUCAGUUGCUAUAGAACAAUAACAACACGAGACAUCUGCGCAGUUGUCAGAAUGUCACUCAGUCCAUAGGUCCUCCACGGUGCUAUUGCCCUAAGGGAAAUCGGAACUGAAUUUAUGCACAUAGAAUGGUCACCCUGACUUUGAAGCCUCAAACGUGGAUCACAUCUGUGGUGAAGCAUCAAUAUAUGUAGCUGGAUGAGUGACUAGUGGCCCUUGUAUAAUAUGUGAUCUAAGAAAAUUGCUAAUCUUUCCCUGCCGUUUUGAGAAACACAGUCCAAACACGGUCAUAAACAAAUUCCUGCAAUACAUCCCAGUAGGUCCGCCUAGUUUACAACUUAAACUAGUUUGUGAAACAUUUGUCUGUAUACAUUUUAUAUUUUGUACAUUUUUGAUGUAACAUAUCAUGUAAAUAGAAACAGUGAAAUAAAUCAUCUGAAAAGUUUUGUAGUCUUUGUAAAGCCCCGACAACAAGUACUUGGUGUCAGUGGACAUAACUGGGUGAUGUAUUUUCUAUUGGUUGAUUGUUCCUCUAGCUUGUAAACCAGCUUGCAUAUAUUUUUUUGCAAAUGUGCACCCUGUAUCUGUCUAAAUUAUUACUUUGCCAUUAAAGUGGAAUUAUUUAUUGACAACAA